UCUCUGCAAAUUCUUAAAUCGACUAAAAAUGGAAGACGUUUUAACGGAGAAUCCGCCGCCGUCUCGAUUCUUCCAGGAAGAUCUGAACAACUUCACGCCUCCGUCACCGCCGAUUCCCACUCCUUUCCUCGUUUUCCCAACCACCGCUGCCGACCUCAACCUUCCCCUCCGCCCCUCUCUCCUCAUCGUCGCCAUCUCCUCCCCCGCCCUCCACCUCUUCCACACCGCCGCCUCCAAAACCCUCGUCGGAACCCUAAUCCUCCCGGAAACCUCCUUCGCCGGAAACUCCGUCCUCCCCUCUCCCAAGGACAAGUCCUGCAACCUCUACUCCCUCGACGGCAACAACCAGACUCUCCUCGUCUCCGUACAGUGCCCGGUCGCCGCCGAUCGGUGCCACGCCGUCGCGAAGAUUCUAAUUUCCGAUCAGAUCGUUCCGGAUAGGGUUCUGAUUCUGGAUUCGGUUCAGAACCGGAACUUCCGGGGGAAGCUUUCCAGGGACGAGGCGCUGGUUUUCAAGCUCGAAACGACGUCGGAGAGGAAAUCGAAGUCGGUGCUCAAGGAUUUGAGCUUGGAGUAUUUGCCGUCGGCGAGUGUGGUGGAUGGGUUGGGUGCUGCUCUGUUGGCUAAGUGUGAAAUCAGAAACAUCAAGGCGGUGCUUUGUGUGGCGUGGCCGGAGUUUGGUGCUGGUGUGGUGGAGCUGAUCAAGUCUAGGGUUUUGCCUGCUCUGGAUUUGGGGCUGAGCUUCUUCAAGGCUGAUGGUGAUGAUUACGUAGGUUUGAGGCAAGAUAAGGAUCCUUUCGAUUCGGAUUUGUAUUCGUGAUGUAAAAGGCAAGCUUUUUCGAGCUUAAUUUCGUUAUAAUGCUUGGAGAUUUUGUGACUUUGUUCGUCUUGAUAGUGAAUUGUGUGUUUGAAUUUUAAUCUAAGUU